AUGAAUACUUUAAAUGAUGAUACUGUCACCACAAUUUCUAAUUCAUCGGUAUUAGGCGGUGACAGUAAUAACAGUAAUAAUAUUAAUAGUGGUAAUAUUGAAAACAAUAAAAACAAUAAUAAUAAUAAUAAUAAUGAAACUGCAGAAGAUAAAAGUCCAAAUAAAAAAAGAAUUAAAAAAAAUAAAAAAUUAAAAGAAAAGGAUAUGGAUUCAAUAGUUAAGCAAUAUUCAGGAAAUUUUGAUUCGUGGAUGGCUGUUAGUCAUUUAUACAAGUAUAGAGAUAAUCCAGGUAUAAUCGAUUUUUUAUGUAAUAAGCUAUAUAGUUUAGAAGAUAAAGAUAUCGAUUUUUAUAUUACUCAGCUUUGUAUAUUAUUAAUUAAUCAACCAUAUGAACAAAAAGCAUCAUUUUCAUCAUUAGCAAGAUUUGUUUUGGAUAGAUGUGCCAACUCAAUUAGAUUUGCAAUUAAGGCCUAUUGGAUAUUUCAAGCAUUCGAAGAAGAUGGUGAAAAGAAUUUAUUUAGUAUAGAAAAUAGUGUUUAUCUCCAAUCUCCCUCAGCAUCUCCAAAAGAUGUGCCUAUGUACAGUAAUGAUCAAACUACUCCAAUAGAUUUAGAUAAAAUAUAUAACCAAAAUCAAUAUGAUGAAGAAGAGUUUAUAGAUGACAGCAGUAAUGAUGAAAAUAAUGAUAGUAUAAAUAAUAAGAAAAUCAAUGCUAAUAAUGGUGAUAGUGAAGAUCAUACUGAUGAAGAGGAAUCUCAAGAUAAAAAUAACAAUAAUAGUAAUAAUAAUAGUGAAAAUAAUAAUAAAACUGAAAAUGGGAAAAAUAGCGAAGAUAUAGUUAAUGAAUUCCAUAACAUAGCGAAUAAACCCCAACAAGAGCAACAACCACAACAACCACAGCAACAACAAUCACAACAACCAACACCAAAUGAAAAUAUACCAGAUAAUACAGAGCCAACAUCAAAUGUCAAUAACCACAACUAUGCACCCGCCCUAUCAACUAUUGAUGGUGUUAGUCACCCAUAUAUAUCACAACCAAACGACCCCAUAGAAAAUAUUACCCAAAUCUUGAAAAGAAACAGAAAAAUUUACAACAAAAUUGAAGCCAAAAAGGAAUUAGCAACUAGAUUAAGAGAGUUUUGUGAGAUGUCUGUAAUUACAUGUUCAAGACCACUAAUUACAAGACCUAGAACCUCAUCAUUACCUUCACCAGUUAUUAAUUUUAAUACAAUUAAUAAAUCAAAUAAUAAAUCAUCACCAUCCAAUAAUAGUAACAAUAUAGAAAAAACUUUAAUAAGUGAACAAGAUGAUAGUCAAUUGAAUGGUCCAGAUAAUAACAACAAUAUAAACGAUACCAAUGGCGGAUCAUUAAGUGAAGAUGAAAUCUCAUAUUUAGAAAAGUGUAAAACUCCUCCAGUAGAAUCAAAACUAUCUGAUCAGGAUUUUGAAUUCGAAUUAUCAAAAAGCUAUAGAUGUGACUAUUUAAAUGAUAUUUUAUCAUUCAUUCAAAAGAUGGCACGUAUUUCUAAAAUACUAUUACCAAUACCAGUUGAUAUAAGACAGGCAAAGUUAAAACAUGAAAUUAGUCUAUUAAACAUUAACUUACCAUUGGGUUUAUACGUUCCACUUUGGCAAAAUUCAAAACAUCAUUGUGUAGUAAGAAUCCCACCUGAAGAAGUUAAAAUUUUAAAUUCAAGAGAUAGGGUACCAUUUUUAUUAGUUUUGGAGAUUAUUGAAAGUGAUCAAGAAGCUUUAUCAAGUAAUAUUUUUGAAGUAGUUUCAUCAUAUCUUCAAUACACUACAACAAACGAUAAUUUAUUAAAAAUGAACGAAAUGAAAAGAAAAUAUUUUUCAUAUUUAAAGAAAAACAUUUUAAACUCCUCAUCUGAAACCAUUACAAAUGGUUCAACAACAACAGCGGCCGCACCAACAAUUACAACCACCUCAACUCAACAACAACAACAAAGCAAAUCAUUACCAAUUUCACCUGCUAACUCAAUUAAUAGUAGCAGUAAUACAAUAAUAUCAUCAUCGACAUCAUCAUUACAACAGCCACCAAUUGGUACUGGUGGCGGUGUACCUCUUUCAACAUCACCAUUAUCAUCACCAUUAGUCGAAAAAAUAAUAAAUGACACAAGCAGAUCAUUAUCAUCACCAUUUGGUGAAUCAUGGGCAGAAAAAACAGAAAGAUAUCGUAGAAUUUCACCAUAUGGUCACUUUGCAAAUUGGAAGCUUUGCUCUGUUAUCGUUAAAACUGGUGAUGAUUGUAGACAGGAACAAAUGGCAGUGCAAUUAAUUAGAAAGUUUGAUGAAAUUUGGAAAGAAAGCAAACUACCACUCUAUUUAAGACCAUACAAUAUCCUUGUAACAAGUAGCAGCGGUGGUAUCAUUGAAACCAUUCCAGAUACAAUUAGUUUACACAAUCUUAAAAAGAACACACCAAACUUUACAACACUACUAAACCAUUUUAAGAACACCUAUGGAGAACCAAGUUCACACGAAUUUCGAACAGCACAAUCCAACUUUAUCGAAUCUAUGGCAGCAUAUUCAAUAGUAACUUAUAUUUUGCAAAUUAAAGAUCGUCACAAUGGCAAUAUUUUAAUAGAUAAGGAAGGUCAUAUUGUGCACAUUGACUUUGGUUACAUACUCUCAAAUAGUCCAGGAAACAUCUCAUUCGAAUCAGCACCAUUUAAAUUAACACAAGAGUUAGUUGAUGUAAUGGGUGGGGCAACCUCUGGUCAAUUUCAAUAUUUCAAAGUAUUAUGUGUACGUGGUCUUAUAGAAGCAAGAAAACAAGUUGGUAAAAUCCUAUCAUUAAUCGAAAUAAUGAUGUCAGGUCCAAAAAUGUCAUGUUUUGUAGGUGGUAAAGAAGUUAUUGACCAAUUAAAAGCACGUUUCUUUUUGGAUGUAAAUGAACGUGAAUGCUCAACUUUAGUCGAAAAUUUAAUUUCAUACAGCUUAGAUCAUUUCAAAACACGUUAUUAUGAUAAAUAUCAAUCAUGGUAUAAUGGUAUAUUACCAUAA